GGCGGCGCGGGCGGGCCAUGCUCCGGGACUCCCCGUCUCUGUGGGAGCUGGUAGAGGAACACGUUCCGCUCCCGGAGCGGCCCGAAGUGAAGAGGAUUCUGGGGGAGACGACGGUGGACCUGAGCCUGGAGCUGCGGGCAGAGGUGGUGAUGCUACAGUCACUGCUCCAAGAGGCUCGAUCCUCCCAAGACUCUGGCUCCUGCCCCACCUCUGACCCCUCCUCCCUUCUGGCACCACCGCCCCUCCUAAGAGACCUCGUGCGCCAGGAACUGAGGCAGCUGCUCCUGGGGCUCCGCCAGAAGGCCAUCUGCGAGGGCAGGGACCAGACCCAGGCUUGGAUCCAGUAUAGCCCCAGGGUUCUGCGCUUUGCCUUGGAGGAGCCUAGGUGUGAUUUGCCAGAACAGGAGAUAUUGCAGAUGAGAGCUGGUGAACCCAGCAGCAGUCAGAGGGACCUCAGCGUCAUCAAGGACCAACUGAAUGUGUCCAGCAUCGACCAGGUUGCUGGACAUCUGCGGAGCCUCCUGGCGGGGGAGUGUCACACCUUGGAGAGGAUGAUCCCCACCCUGCAGCGCUGCCUGGAAGAGGAGUAUACAGGGGCACCCCGGCCCUCUGAGGCAACCCUAGAGCCCACCCUGGCAGAGCUGAAGGAACAGAAGGCAGCCAUGCGACGGGAGCUGCAGGCCCCUCUGAGGCCAUCCUGUGUCUCCUCCAGCCACAGGCAGCAGCCCGUGGGCUCCUCCAGCCAGGGUCCUGGAGGCUGGCCGUGCCCCCGCGGGGCUGCAGGAGGCUGGGCGGGGCCCCGCGGCGGCUGCCUGCCUGCGCCUCCGCCGGAGUGCUGCCCCCGAGACCUGACUGCCACCUGCCACGGGCGACGGAGGCUUCAGUGCAGCACGGGGAAAAGGCCCGCGUCUACUCCAGUGUCCAGCGCGGCACCCCACGCCCCCACCUGA